AUGUUACAGGCACCUUUAGGCCUGGGGGGCGUGGCCUGGCUUGAGGACUGGCCACGCCCCUGCUCCUCAUCUGGGCUCGUCAGGGGAGAAGAGCGAUGGAGCUUCCACCGACGCUGGAUUAUUGCGUUUGACUUCACGUCAGUCUUCAAGCACAGUCAGAAAGUUUCAGCUAUUGAACCCAGUAAACAGGACGAGGAGGACUAUGAGGACGUGCCCAUAAAUAAGACCUGGGUGUUAUCACCAAAGGUCUAUGAGAGCGAUGUAACGCUGAUCCUUAAUAAACUGCUGCAAGGUUAUGACAACAAACUACGUUAUUUACAGUUCUGUUUCUGUUGGGCUGUAGAUGGUUAUCCUAAAAACGAGAUCAUGUAUCGGUGGCAGAGACGAGCAGUAGAGGUGGCGGACCAGCGGUACUGGAGACUCUACCAGUUUGCCUUUGUGGGGUUGAGGAACACCUCUGAUGUCGCGCACACGCAAUCAGGGGAAUAUGUCAUCAUGACAAUCUUCUUUGACCUGAGUCGGAGAAUGGGUUACUUCACCAUCCAGACCUACAUCCCCUGCAGCAUGAUUGUGGUUUUGUCCUGGGUCUCCUUCUGGAUUAACAAGGAUGCCGUCCCAGCACGAACAUCUCUAGGCAUCACUACAGUGCUCACCAUGACGACUCUCAGUACCAUCUCCAGGAAGUCCCUGCCAAAGGUUUCCUACGUCACCGCCAUGGACCUUUUUGUCUCCGUCUGCUUCAUCUUCACCUUUGCUGCUCUUAUGGAGUACGGCACUCUGCACUAUUUCACCAGCAACAGACAGACAAAGAAGUCUAAAGCCAGCAACACACAGCAGAAAGCAUCGAGCAUGGUGAAUAUCCGACCCGGCCCGUCGCUGCUGCAGAUGAAUAACAUUGUACCCUAUCAUGGGGAGGAUGAUUAUGCUUAUGAGUGUUUAGAUGGAAAAGACUGCGCCAGCUUCUUCUGCUGCUUUGACGACUGCCGUUCAGGCGCCUGGCGUGAGAACAGGAUGCACGUGCGAGUUUCCAAGAUCGAUUCUUAUUCACGAAUAUUCUUUCCUACUGCUUUUGGUCUUUUCAAUCUGGUUUAUUGGAUAGGUUAUUUAUAUUUAUAAAACUGGCACCUCAACCGGAGUGUAUCAUAUACAAAAUUUCCCAGAGACUGAGCUACUUGUAUAUAGUUAGAAAUAGGGGGCAGUCAUUUUAACGGCUUACUGUUACCAGCCGUCCGAUUCCAGCAAGAUGCAAAAGUCAAAAUAGGAAAAGAAACCUGAAUUUCAUUGAAACUACAGUUGUGGACGUUUGGAAUUACAUCAAAUGUUUGCACCGGUUAAACUCGAGAGAACAUGGAGUCACUUUUUAAUAUCGUUUGUUUAUUCCUCGCCACUGUGCUGUUGACAUUGUAAAGUAGGAAGAAGAAGGAGCAUUGUAGCUGUAAUAUAUAACGGCAAACUCUUUUAGAAAAGUCAGUAGCUCUUAUUAUAUAACUAACCUGACUGUCAGCAGCCAAUAUCUGAAAUAUCAGCAGUGUGUUUGAGAAACGUCUGGUCCUAUUGGUCAUUAGAAACGACCACGGAGUUGAAAAACUGGAGCGUUACGAUCGGUGGACCAGCUGCUCAGAAUCUAGGAUAAAUUUGUAGUAUUGGCCAAACGUUGAGUUGUGGAGAUGUGGUGGUUUUUACAGAGGCCUGAUUUUAUAUGAUAACGUCAUAAAGAUGAUGCACUGCUGAAGGCACAAUUCUGGAUUUAAAGGAAGAUACAAACUUGCAUUUCCUUUUAUACAUUUUUGCUGCGUAUAAAACACAGCGUGACUUUUGCCGCAUGACAAAGAGCAGUGUGUACUGAAACGUUUUCAGUAAUAUUGUCUUAGAGUUACAACAUUUUAAUGGCAGCUUUCAACAAUUUAAGAUUUUUACUUAAAGCUUGCUUUGUUUCAUAUUUUUCCUCAGAAAUGAGGCUCAUGAAUCUUGUAGUUGUCUAUGUUGCAGUGAGUUAGAAAGCACUAUUCACCAAAUAUCACUGCUUAAGUCACGCCAGUGGAAAUCUGGACUCCUGUUCUCAAAAUUAUGAUCUUAAUAUUUUGGACUUCUGUUGUUCUGCAGUACUCAAAUCAAAAUUAGGGCUAUGGCUAAAAUCAUUCACUACUUGCUGGAUAUUGGACUGUACAGUAAAUGUCUCAGUUUGUAGAGCUGUCAGGAGUACGGAGAGAAGUUACCCUUGAAAGUGUUACGAAGUUGUGAUAUGAUCCACAAGCAUGAACAAAGGCUCCACAUACAGACACAAAGCAAUGUGAGCACACAGGAGCUGAACGUGAUCAAUUUUGGGAAAAUAAUCAGUAUUUACUCAGAUUUGGUUUAAACUUGUAAAAUAGUUUUACGUGCUUCACAUUUGUGUCUGGAUCGGUGUACGCAUUAGUGAGUCCACAAAAGUUACACACAAAUCACUGCACACAUGUGUAAGUCUUAGUUUAUGCUUGUGGAUCAUAUCGUACGCAUUCGUAACCACUUUAAGACAGAUUUCUCUUCAUGAUGCCAUCAAAGUAUCCCACAAAGCCUCGUGAAAAUAGUGUAACCUGAUGGCCAGUACCUGAGCAUUUCCUGCCAUCGUGCUCAGCACCAACAGAAAAACGUCAGGUGGAGAAGAGGAAAGAGAAGGCGGUGCCUUUGCUUGAAGUUUCACUGUUAAAGAACUAUUUUUGGAUUCAGCUACUUAAAAUAGCCACAUCAAAAACCAGGGACUCACAUCCACAGAAAUAACAGACUUGAAAUCGCUCUGCAGUUUGUUCAUUAAGAUUUAAUUGGGAUAGCUGCAGUGACGAGUGACAGCAACGGGAAGUCAGAUUCAAACCCAGACCUCUAAGCCAUGCGGAGUCACCUCACCGCAGCGCUGCAGUUUUAAUUUGCGACAAAUAAUGUAAACCAUGAAGCUCAAACUUUGUUUUUAAAAGGGCUCAGUACUACGCAAUGAUGAUGAUGUUAGCCAGCGUUAAGUUCUAGUAUUGGAUUUUAUAUAAACAGACUGUGUAUUCUAAUACAUUUAGGAUCGGGUAAUUUCCUACUGUUUAACAAACGUGCAAACACAAAGUGCUGAAAUGAACCCACAGCAUUAUUAAAAAUACUGAGAAUUACAUGUAACUGUGGAAGGAUACAGCUUUCAUUCCUAAAGAUACUCAUUCUUAAUAAAUGUACUAGUUAAUGGUUUAAGGAGCUCCUAAGACUACGAUGACCUGGAUGACUGAGAACCUUCACAGAUAUACUAGCUAUGCUAGCACAUACUAUGUGUCUGCAUAGAGCUGGUAAAGCACUAUUUUAAAAAGAGAUUAAAACAAAGGUCAGAUUCAAUUCUAUUUUAUUCAUGAAGCACCAAAUUACAACAACAGUCGCUUUACAUUGCUGGGCAGACCAUUCUUAUUCUUUAAACGUCAGACUUGGAGAUAAUAUGAAUAGAUAUGCUACAGCAAACUUUCCCAUAUGAAAACUACAGAAAAUAGUUUAGUACAUUUUCAGAUACACCAAAGAAAC